AUGGAAGAAACAGAAGCAAUCUAUACUCGUAAUCAGCGUAGGAGUCUCAUCUUUGGUUUUCACGGUUCCGCAUCUCCGAAGGCGUCAAAGGCAUCUUCUACAACAAAACCUGCAGCAAGAAACCUCCACACCUACAAUACCACGACUUCACAUUAUAUGAAUCAGAAUCAACAACAACACUGGUACACAAGAACACAGAGAGGAAAGAAAACACAAAUCUCAAAGGAAGAAGAAGAUAAAUAUACGAAACAAAGCGAUUCAGAAAAGAAACGCGCACCUGAAUUCACAUCUCUGGAUUUCUGGCUUCACUCUUGCAUUCAAAUCGUCUUCGGAGCGACUCCGACUGAGAAGAGAGGAAUGGAGACGAAGAAGAGAAACAAAAACGACGAGUCUCCGCCAAGUAACUCCGUCAAUAGCACCAUGCCGGAUCUUGGAAGCUUCAUCCUUCAGCGGAGCAAUGAUUUAUCAACGGCGAUUGCGAAGCGAGUCUCAUCGUUUCGAAAAUCGAUGGAAGAGAUAGGUGGAGAUAGGAAGAAAUUGCCGGUAAUGAGGGAAAGGUGA